AUGGCGUCCCAGCAGCAGCCGAGUCUGCACUUGCGACGGACUCGCCAACAUCUGCUCCUGCACAACAGUGUGACAGGUGAACUUGUCAAGCUGGAUUACCUGGAUGCCGAAUGGCAUGAUGGGCCCGGAUUGACGAUCCGGUUCACGAGAGAGGAUGGGUCAACGGGGGAAUGUUCCGCCACAGAGCUUCUUCAAUGGGAGAAGCGGGGACCCAUACUGAGGAACCACCAGGACAACUGCGACGAAAUUUGGUCAACAGCUGUCAACACCUUCAAAGCUGCGGCUGUGGUAGUGCCUGCACACCAAGGACGACAGUUUCGCUGUGAGUUGUUUGCAUACAGAGUGCCAAGAGGAGAAGGCACGGGGACCUUGUAUCCCCAUCUCCGGUGGCUCGUCGCAUUUUGCGGAGGCCACCAGAACAAGAACUUCGUGGGAUGCAGUGCGGACUCCUGGGAGUACAAGCUUGGGAGCUACAUCCAGGCCUUGCACAACAACAGCCUUUCCUCAGAGGAUCUCAAGGCGAAGAUCCAGAGUCACAUUGUUGCCAGCCGGAAGGCAGAAACUUCGAAGGCAGCGGCAAGCCGCAAGCGGAAGCAGGAGCCGGGGGAGCCGGCGGAAGCCAGCACGGCGGAAGCGGGCGAGUAUUCCGCUUCGUUUUUCGUUCUGGGUAUGCUUCUGCUUCACUGGAGUUCACGAAAGCUGCACAAAAACAGCCAAUGGAAGCUGGGUGCAGAACACGUGAAAGCCACAGCGACCAUGCUCCUGCGAGCAUUGUGCAGAGCCUUCGUGACAGCCUCACAGGCUGUCUGCAUCAGGUCGGCCAAAGUCCAGAUUGUGUUGACCGAGGAUAACAUCCACAUGAAGUGGCACACGUUCUGCAGCAGUGACUCUUCAUUGAAAUGCCUGAAGGAUAUGUUUCCAGAAGAGCACGAUUUCUGCGAGUGCCUGCAAAUGUGCUGCCGUGAAGAGGUCAGCCCGAACAUCUCCGCAGCCAAACGAGAGAGCCUGCGGAAAGCUGUGGCUCUUUUGCUCCAGGCUUUCGCCGAUCUCGUGGAAGGCAGCAGGAUGUCCGACAUCUGGCAGGAGACCGAGCUCUGGCGCCUGCAGCCCUUGAGGACCAAGAAAGGCUACAAGAGGCUCAGUGGAGCACAGAAAGCUGCAGUGCUGGAACAGACAAAGAAGCAGCACCUCAGAUCAGCCUCCAGUGUCCUAGCUUCGCAGGAAGGAGCUGAAGGCAAACAACGAGGCAAUCUUACCAUCCCACUGGAGAGGUAUGCCUAUGCUCAGGAAGCCAGAGCUCGCUUCGGGGAGGCUCACUGGCUGAGUUUGGCAAUCGAUGGAGUUCAGGUCGGCUCCAAGUCGUUGCUCAAUGUUUUGGCCUGGGAUGGCCAAUCUGGCUGGAGCUGCAUCUGUCCGCCUCAGGCUGGCACAGGAGCCAGGGUCGUGGAAGGCAGCAACACCGAGAACUCACCGAAUCAGCAGAUUCAGGUACAACAGAAGCUGAAGGCAAAGGCGGGCGAGGAACAGGCGGAUUGGGACCGGAGGGUCGAGACUUUCCUCGAGCCUCGCACAGGAGAGUCCAUGCCUGCAAAGAGAAUGAGGCUCAAAGGCAAAGCCGUCGAGGAUGUGCCUAGACAGGCUAGCCUCGCCUGGAUGCAGGACGGGAACCAUGCCCUCAAGUUCUUGGGUCAGGAUCUCUUCUCCUUCAAGGUUGAACUCCCGUACAGCAGCGACAUCCCGAAGUCCCUCAUCUUAGCAACAGACCAGGAGGCGACUCAGCUUGCUGCGACGAAUUUUUUGAAAGACCCAGAGCAGGGCAUCAACGUGGAGCUCAUCGCAGACCCGCAGCAUCGGAGGGGGAACGAUGCUAUGCUCGCAUUCGCGAGCUCUGGGACAUUGAGGCGUGCAAUAUUCGCCAUAGGCUUAUAUAACCUCCAGUAUGGGCCGUAUCUCAAAGGAGGGUGGCACGAGAUGUUGGUGUCGGCGGCGCAGAUGUGCUCUCAGAGUCUCUCGCCGAACGACCCGCUUCUCAAAGUGUUCUUCCCAGAGAUCCUAGCCGAUCUGGACGAGCCCACCAGCAACGACACGGAGCAGCGGCGAGCAGCUUUCCUCAAGAGUCUCAAGAGUUUGCCUUCCUUGCCUGUGGUCGCCAGCAAGGGACCGAAGGCAGCCAAGUCGCGAUUUGACUCGCUGCAGCAUGCUCAAGACCACCUGGACCCCUACUGGGCUACCUUCGCCUUUCUGUUGACCGUGGUGUGUUUGACUCAGGGCUACGUGCAGUUCGCCGACGAGCUCUGGACCCCGGACGACGUCCUCAAGGAGCUUUUGAAACCCGAGCAGUCGGGAGCAGCCGCAGCUGGCAGCUCUGCGGAUGUCGGACCGACCGGCGGCACCACGAAGCAGGCUGGGAUCCGGCAAGCAAAGGAGCAGAUGAACAAGAUGCGAAGCAAAGCUGUGAAUACUCUGCACGUCUAUGCCAAGUGGAUCAAUGAUCCUGUGAACAAGUCCUAUGCCAGACUUAUGUUCUAUCUCCAGCAGCCAGAAGCCCUGGAUUCGGGGCACAUGCUCGUGCAAACGCGGUCGGAGGAAAGCACCCGAGAGUUUUUCAUGAACUGGGCAUGCUGGAGCUUUCUGAACGUGGCGAAGGACCAGUUGCUAGUCCUCAGCGACUUGCGACUCUUGAAGCGUAUCGGCUUUGACAUGCAAAGAGAUUCGGCGAGAACUCUCUCAGAGGAUUUCCUCGCACUGCAGGACGAGCUGGCGGAGAUCAUGUUUUUGGUGCUCCGCAAGCUUUUGAAGUAUCGCUUAGGCAGCAUGCUUCAGCACACGUGGAGUUUGCCUCACAAGCUCGCAGCCUUGCUGGAGAGGAAUGAGGAGAAACAAGCAGCUGCGAGAAGCUUCUUGAAGACUGUGGCCAGCACCCUGGAAGCAGUGCAGGCCAACGGAACACUUGCAGCAAAGCAGAUGCUCAAAGGGCAGCACAGUCCCAUAGGCAACUGGGCUCUGGAUCGCUUGGCGAAGGUUGAGUUCCAGAAGACUCCUGCUGAGGUUUUUCACAUGGUUCGUCAAUUCUUCGGAGGCCUCUUGAACACCAAGCUCGUAGAAGAUCUCAACAAACUUCAACGGGAACACGAAUGCAGAGACUCCACGAAGCAGGAGGUGAGCGAGAUGUUGAGCUGGCGGAUAGGGACACAGCAUGACCUGCUGAAGGGCUACAAGCGGAAGGAAAUCCAACCUGCCGACGUGAGAAGUCCGCCCAAGGACUACGACCCCCAGCUCCUUUUCAGGCGGCAAGUCGACAGGAUGAGCAAGGCAGAGAGGACUGAGAGAGAGGAGAAGAUCGAGAGCACCUUGAAGAAGAUCUGCGGCCCGACACAGUGGUAUGUUUGCACACCCGAAAGCCAUCAGCAGACCAUGGUGAACCUUGCCUUGUUGGUGCAUAUCAAGGAGGAGUUCGAGAAGGUGGAAUCUGCGUGGCACGGCUCUCUUUUGCCGGAGGGCCACGUGGUCUUUGCCAAGGAGACGAACAACUACAAGUUCGUGCUGCGGACGUAUCGGAAUGGGGCCUUGGUGUGGCCGAUGACCACGAAGAUCCUCGCUGAGCGGGGUGAAGGCUGCAGAGCAUGGACUUUCGACUUGGAGGUUUCGGAACUGGAGUUCCUGUUCGUCUUCGACAAGACAAGCGUCCUCUUGCAUCCGCUGAAGAUGAUGUCGCCCGUGCGAAUGUGGCUUGCACACAAGUCAUCCGGAUCCGGCGUGACUCUCGCGAGCCACAAGGCAGCCUGCUCCUUGGAGUCCUUCCACACGAGCAGAGGCUUUGCCAACCUCUCGGAAGAGAUCCUCAAGCGGCUCUGCAAGGACUGGGCAGUGCCCCUUCCGAAGAGCCAAAAAGCCCUGGCGGAGACUAAGGCUCUGCGAACUGCUCUGCUCCUGAACAAGAACCCGGGUCUUGAGGCUGCGUCCGUGAAAGCCGCUGUGAUGACAGGAGAUGGCAAUCUGGAAGGCGAAGACGAGCUCGACCUUGAAGAAGUCGAGAAUAUUUUGCAAGAUACCACAUUGGCAUCUGAGAAGGACCAGAUCAUGAAGCUCAUGAAGAGCAGCACGAAGAAGAAGACAGAAGUUCAGGUCAGCGAAGCCAUGCAGAAGUGCUUCGAGGACGUGGUGCAGAAUCUGCCGCCGAACUUGAAGACAGCGAGAGCGAAGGCCCAGGCGAAAGCCAAGGCCCAGGCCAAGCGGGACUCCAAGAAGCCCGCUGAGAAGGCCUCGUCAGCAGCAGCUCCUUCUGGCACUGGCGGCGGCACGAGGACGUACGAUCCUGUGCCUGCGGAGGUAGAUCGCCUCCUGCAUGCAUCCAUCCCGAUGGGAGGCAAAGUCUACACCGACGAAGACAACGGUCGGUGGAAGAUUGGCUUCAGCACGGAUGAGGUUCAUCAGCAGCGGUCGCUAAGCUGGACGACCGCUGGAGGGCCAGCUGCGGGCCUGGCAGCACUGCGGCAGCUCUGGUCCUGGAGCGAGUUGCACUCAGGAGAAAGCAUGUCGGAACAGGCCGCCAAGAAUGAAGCGGCAAUGAUUGCCGCGAGGGAGCCUGGCCCGCAAAAGCCAUUUUUGUUUCUGAAAUAG